GUGGAGAUGAAGGAGGAACUUCCACAGAAACAGAAACUCUCAGAGUGUGAGUCUGUUCAGAUUGAGUUGGAUUUUACACUGUAAACGAGGCCCUGUGACCAUGUUGUGGACAUUCCUCCUGCUGCUCAUGGACUACGUGCUCUGUGUCCCUCAUCCAGUGAACGUUUCCAUCUGGUCCUUUAACUUGGAACACAUCCUCCAUUUCCUACCAGGCCCUGGGACCCCAGCCAACGCCCUGUUUGGCAUUCAGGUGCUGAAAUUAAGCAAGGGCAAAUGGAGAGAUGUGGCACGGUGUACUAGGAUGAAUCCUGCACAGCCAUGUGAUCUGACGCUGGUUUUUAAAGACCCCAUGGACAUAUACCAAGCCAGAGUCCAGGCCUUCACCUCCGACCAGAGAUCUAACUGGACUGAGAGUGCCCUCUUCCAGCCGCUGUCGGACACCAUUUUGGGCCCUCCAUUGCUGAUGUUGUCGGGCUGCGGUAACUGUCUGCUGCUCCGGAUCUCCCCUCCACUUCUGAAAACAGACCAGCCACUGAACCUAUUGGCAGAGCUCCACGUGCAGGUGCAGAGGAGCAGGGAUGGAGCUCAGUUUAACCUGAGCAUGCCUUUGAGGGAGGAGAUCCGUGUGGAGCAUCUACAGCGUGGAGUGGAGUAUUGUGUGAUUGUAACUGUGCACACUAUGUUCAACGAAAACUCCACCCCCAGCAAACGGCUGUGUGCUGAGAGUAGCCCACCCGUCACAGCUCCAGUAGGUCUAGUGAGCAUUGUGGCUGUAGUGUUGUCUGCGCUGCUCGUCUCUCUGCUUGUCUCUCUGCUGGGAUGGCUGCUCUUCUGUUUUUCUCCAGUCUCCAGGGAACUUUGACACCACCGCUCACCUGGACUCUGAAAGUAUCUAGGCUGCAUCUCUUCCGAUUCUUGUGUGUAAUGUGGAGAAGUGGGUAUUUUACUGCUAACACAUAACAUAUUUAGAUCACUAUGUUGCCUUUUAUUGUUUUCAAAAUGUUAUAUUUACUGAAAACAAUUUAUUAACAUGUUUCACUUUUGUUUUUGUCACUCACCUGUCUGCUCCCUGCUUUAAGUUUUAACUGAAGCCUGUGGAACACAGUUUCUGUAAAUAUUUAAAUGUACAUUUUACUAUGCCUUUUACUAAUUGUAAAUGUUGUAUAUUUUAACUGUGUACUCAGGACUCCCUUGAAAAUGAGAUGCAAUCUAAAUGGCACUUCCUGAUAAAAUAAAUACAGUUAAACAGAAGUUUACAUACACUAGUCUGUGUAAUCCCUCAGUCAUCCAGGUCUUAUCCAUAGUAAAAGUAAAAUGUAAAAUAUGUCAACUGGACAAACUUCUUCACUCCUACAACUUUUUGUCCAGUUGUCUGAUCAUUUCUGUAUCUUUUUUGACCGGUCUUCAUUCCCAAACCAGCGGCUGGUCCUGCAGUUGUUCAAAGGAGACAUAUGAAAGUGGUGUGUGCACGAAUGAUAGGUGGUGGUCGGAGGGGACGAUGGCGCAGUUUGGCAGCCUCGCCCCAGAGCAGCUGUGGCUACAAUAGUAGCUUACCAUCACCAAGUGUGGA